CUCACAUCGACUGGACUUGAACUAAAAUUCAAGAAAUCGGAUAAAAGGAUGGGUAACGGAAGGAGGUGUAAAAGGUUUGGGAGCCAUCACAGUCUCAGCUGACGUGCUACGACAGACAAAGAUGUCAAUUGCUGCGGAGCAGCCAAAGCAUUGCCCUGACUGUGGAGAGCUGUGUGGUUUUGGAGACGUACUGAAGAACCACACAUGCCAAAUGAUUUGUCUGACUCCAAGACGGAAGUCAGAAGGGGCUCUGAUGGCUCUUCCUGCCAUGAUGCAGAGCUCCACCUCUCUGGUGAACAGUGAACUCAGCCAGCCCUUACAUCUGGAUCUCAUGGAUGCACUAAGCCCAGCUCCUUCAUCCACUGCUCCUCUUGCUCAGCUGCUUGUCCACCAGUGCACUCCAUCACUCCUGUCCUCCUCUGCUGCCUCUCCCUCAAUCCCUCCGUUCUCCAGACCUGAACAAGCACUAGCACAGAUGAGCACACCAUGGCUAGCCAGGUUAGCCAUGGAGGCUGGGCUCCAGCAGCUGACCCUGGAUGUCCAGGAGCACGUGUCCUUGCGACUGGGAUCCUUGCAGGAAGAUGUGAAGAAGAGGAGUGCGGAGGUGCACAGGGCUCGGAGGGAAAGUGAGAGAAUGGAGAAGGAAAAGCAGGAAGCAGAGGAAAAGACAGCCCAGCUGGAGCGCCAGGUAGAGGUAUCGGUGGAUAUGCUAGCCAACCUGAGGCACGAGCUGAUGGAGCGGGAAGAGGAGCUCAGCCUCAAACAACAAGAAGUUUGUGAUUUGAACCAAUUUGUCCAAGAGACUGCUCAGAAGGAAGCGAGCGCUAAGAUCCGCCUGCAGAGAUUCAUCGAGAAUCUGUUGGUGAGAGCGGAGAGAGCAGAGCGACAGCUGCAGGAGCUGCACACACACUCAUGUACACACACACACACCAGCACUGGGUCACCAGACGGAUCCUUCGCAGCUGCCAGAGGAGCACUACACCGGAGGAGCUACAGUGAGUCAGGGAUUUCCAGAUGCUGCUAUUCACGAUGUGAUCAAGCAGGAAGUCCAAUUCACAGGUCACGGAGGUGUGAGGAGCUUAGUGAGCCACGGUGUUACCAGAGGAACCCAUCAGACAUAGAGGCUGAUUCAGACAGCUGGUCUGUCUAUAGCACUGAUUCACAGGAGGGUUUGCAGCAGCAUUAUGGAACAUACAACAAGAGAGAUCACGCCGAAUUCCACUGCCACUCCCUUCGUCAUGACCGAUCAGUAUUGUGUUCAAAACGAAUAAAGAGCAGGGCGUGGCUUUUCUGCGUCUUUCCUUACCUGGACACACACUCACUCCUCAUUGCUGCAGAGGUAUGUAAGGAUUGGUUGAGUGUUGCCCGUCACCCUGGAGUGUGGACCAGGGUAACACUAGAAAAUGACCGCAUUUCAUCAAAGUUUAUGGUGACUAUGGCUCAAUGGUGUAGUCAGACACACACGCUCAUUCUACACCACCUUAAACCUCGCUCUCGUGCCAAGAAAGAGAGUAAAGAGGAGUAUCUAAAGAACACAAGAGGAUGUCUGGAGGAGGGGCUAGAGGCGGUGCUAAGAUCAACAGGGCGGAGUCUUGUAUCUUUGACCAUCUCUCAUUGCCCCAACAUUCUGACGGACAGGACACUGUGGCUUGUCAGCUGCCACUGCAGAGCUCUGCAAACACUUACUUACAGGAGCUCGUCAGACCCUGUGGGUCAGGAGGUCAUCUGGGCUUUAGGGGCUGGAUGCCGAGACAUCACCAGCCUGAACAUUGCACCUCUACAGCCAUGCCAACAGCCCAGUCGCUUUAGUAACCGCUGCUUGCAGACGAUUGGCCGAUGUUGGCCUCACCUGCGUCAGGUUGGAGUGGGUGGAACCGGCUGUGGUCUUCAGGGAUUAACCUCUUUAGUGAGGAACUGCUCCAAGGUGUGUGUGUUGGAGUUGGACCACAUGAGCGAGAUUAGCCAACAGGGGGCAGUAGAGCUGUGCGGGGAAGGACUACAGCAGUUACACACACUUAUCUUCAGCUACACACCUGUUACUGCCAAAGCCAUCCUGCAUUUUCAUAGUGUGUGUUUGAGGCUGAAGUGUAUCAUUGUUCUCAUGAGUUCUGCUGAUUAUUUUGAUGACCCUGAGAGUGAAGAAGCGAAGAGAAUUUUUAAAGAGAUGAUCGGCAGCCUGCAGGCACUGAAGAAGAGACCUGGCUUGUCAGGCAUCCUUCAAGUCAGAGUGGACCAGUGUGGCAUUCUGGCUGGCUCUUAAAGAAACCACACACACACAAUCAACCACACACAAACAAACACACACACACAUAUGAACAAUUAGAUUUGCACUCACUGAUAAACACAUAAAAACACUGCACUUUAUUCUCCAUGCAAAGAUACAUUCAGCUACACACACACAAACACACACACCUUCACUUUGUAUAUAAACAUACACACUUACUGCACUUUAUUCUGCACACUCAAAUUCACUCCUAAACCUACGCACACAUACAUACACCUAUACAUACACACACUGCAAAUUUCUUUGCACUCCUACAACUCUGUGGUAACACAUACACACACACAUAAACACACACACCACACACAUACACUGCACUUUAUUUUCCACGCACCGAUACUCUGUCACACACAUACUCCUAUGCAUCCCCAACUCCACACACAAAGAUACUAAACAUUUCAUGCAAACUUUAUUCUCUCCACAACGAUACACACCUACACCUUUGUACCUACUCAUGAACAUAAACACACACUUUUUAAUUUAUUCUACCUACCAUUACAUACAUACAUAUACAAACACACACAUAGACACACUUACAGCUCUUUUGCUCUACACUCCUUAUACUUACACUUAUACUUCUACACCUAUGCACACACACACACACACAGGCUUCUAAUUUCAUACCAAUGACUCACAAAGAACAUAUCUGGUUUCAUGCUAAAUCUCAACAACAGGAAGUAUGAGUCCAAUAAGAGAAAAUAUAUCUUUACAUCACUUCCUGAUUCAUUUUUUUUUUUUAUUUCAUAUCGCACAAAUUCUAUGAUUCGUCCACUUAGGCCAUGUAGAUAUCUGACACAUUGACAUGUCUUGUGGUUAUACACUUGUUUGUUUGUUUUUUUGCUUUUAAAAAAAAAUCGACAAUCUGCUUUCUUGGUAUUAAAAAUUCUAAGUGCUUAAAAAAACUGAUUCUUUAAAACUUAGCAAAGUUCAAAUAUCCAGUAGGAUGCAAAAGGAUCAUCGUUUUUUUGUGAGUGGACUUAUUUUAUUUGUAAUGUCUUCCGAUCAGCACAAUAUCCUGAAAAAAAAAAAAAAAAUUAAAAGACAUUAUGUUGCAUGAUCUGCACUGCAAAGUUAUAAUGAUUUAUGAUGUACCUGUUAUACACAUAAAACAUCUGUACCUCAAGGGCUUUAUGUAAAGGAUACAACACUUGGGGUGUGUGUUGUUAUAGGAAAAUAAAUAACAACAUAAUAUGGUAAAGCCAAGUUACUAUUACCACCUCAAAGUUUUAUCAGCUAUUGUGUAAUAACACUUUACAGCACUUUCUGAAGUGUUUUAUUACUUUCCAAGUACAAUUUUUCUAUUAAUUAAAGAACAACACAUCAUACUUUUUAUCCAUUUGUAGUUACAUUUAAUGUAGUGGAAAGUCUACAAAAUAAAUCAUUUCCUGUUAUCACAUAUACUGUAGCAACUAUAAACUAGAAGACAAAAAAAAACAACAACAGAAUUUUCUUGUUAUCAUAAAGCACAAAGCCCAAAUUUCAGUGUUUGAGUGUUUGAAAAAAACAGAAACGUUAAAUAAACAUAUUCUCAAGCAACAAAUCAAACAUUCACUAUAACAACAAUUAGACAUGUUACAUCAAAUUAUUUAAAGCGUCCAUAAUACAGUCCCUGUGUUAACUGUUACUAUAGAAACGAGAAUGUAAUAUUAGUAUUAUAGAAAAGGAAUAAACAACUUCGUAACCAAUCAGAUUUGAGAAUCCAACAGUGUUGUGGUAUAAAAUGUCAGUGCACGA